CUCACGUUGUGUUGUGACCGCAUGUGACCACAGUGGGGCAGCACAUGUAAACACAUGUAAUCUUACACAAGUUGUUACCAAACGCUGAAGGCCACCUCUGUUACAUGUCGCAGCCACCUCUUCAUAGUAUUUCUGUCUCAUUGAAGGAAGGAGCUGUUACACCACUGAGACAGCAAUGAAGUCCAUUGCUUGUUUCUCAUCGUCCGUCAGGGCGGCUUGUCAGCACACCUCCGCUUGUUUCCCUCUUAAUCGCGCUCCUCUUCUUUGCACUCAUUUAGACAGACGCUCUAAUAUGGACACAACUGUAGAACACUUGCGCGCGACUCCGCUUCGCAGUUUUCACAGCACGCACGUGAACACGGCAGUCGUCCAGCAGGUGAGUGCCGCGCCUUCGUCCACCUCGGUGCCAUCACCGUGGAAAAGAGGAGAUGAACCCACCGUGCAGCAGCUGGGUAGACGCGUGCCAAAACCAGCUGCACGACCAGCCCCGCACCUCCCUCCACACAGCCCACGCGCAAACCCGCAAAGCAAUGCAGCUGCACGUGUCAAUAUGCAGGCUCUGUUUGAAGGGGAUGGGAUCCCUGAGCUCUGCUCCAGGCUGGCAGAUCUCCCCAGCAAUGACCGGGCAGAGGGACUGGCCACUCUGCUUGGGGCGUGUGUUGAAUUUGACUUAAGUGCUGACAGCCCUCUGGUUCUCAGACUGAUGAAUGAGUGCCUGCAGCUCCUCUCACACAGGGACCUUGGGGUGGCUCAGCUCUGCCACCUGGGUGAGGUGUCGUACUCCCUGGAGGGCCACAAGUCAGCCGCGCUCACAGAGGUCCUGGACUCUGUCGGAGUUGCCGUGGAAGAGAACGUUGCCACUCCCGGUGAGGCUGUCAGGGUGUACUCUCUGCUCGCUCAGUGUUAUGAUCCGUCCAGCCCGCGCCAGAUGUUCAUGCUGUCCACUCUGAACAGACACACGCAGAGGAUGGUCCACUGGCUGAAGGCGACACAAGUCAGCAUGAUACUGCAGUCCCUGCUGAAGUUGCAGCACAGACAGGCCAUUACCCUGGUGUUGAGGCUGUGUCACAGAGCAUCUCAGGUCUUUCAAGCUUUUAGCGACGAAGAAGUUAUCAAAGUUCUCUCGGCGCUCAUGAUUUUUGGACAACAUGAUGUCAAGCUCCUUGCCGCAAUGGAGAAAGACCUGCCAGGGAGGCUGGGAAAGUGUGAUCCAGAGCUGCUCAGCACCGUCAUGGAGUACUGCAUGCAGAUGAGGUGCCGCUCUGAGCCCAUCUUCGAGGCUGUGGCUGAGAACUUCGUUUGCCAAGCUGAGCAGCACAGCACCUUGCAGAUAGCCAAGCAGAUUGUUGCCAUGGGGAGACUCAACUAUCUGCCACAGUGCUCCAGUCAAAUGUUUAAGAAGCUGGAGAGCAUUUUGUCCACCCGGUUUUCCCAGUUCCAGCCUCGCUCCCUGAUUGAAGUUUUGCACGCCUGCAUCCACCUGGAGCGCUUCCCACUCAACUACAUGUCCAAGAUCUUCAGCCCGUUUUUCCUACAAAAACUGCAAGGUAAGGAGAUACUGGACAAGAAUACACUUGGACAACUGACACAGCUUCACCUCGCCACCUCAUUAGAGUGCACUCACUACAGGGCCCCAGACUGCCUUACUCCCCUCCAUGUGAAGAAGUUCUCCUCUGAGGACUGGGCCUUUGAGACACCUGUGGAGAGUCUCUUUUACAGACGGAUCAAAGGGCCACUUAUACUGCUGCUGGGGGGGAAGUUAUACUCUUCCAGAAUUUUAACUCCCAGUGGUUACACUGUAGAUGUGGAAAUUUGCCUGGAUGAGAAUGGAUACAUUCUGCCUCCGUCUCGGUGGGAUAACGUUCACAGAAGGCUGGCGCUGUGUUUGGAUGGUCAAAACCGAUUCUGCAGCAACACACGACACCUGCUGGGCAAGGAAGCCACUAAAAGGAGACACCUCUGCAGGAUGGGCUAUGAGGUGGUGCAGAUUCCUUACUUCGAUUUCGAGCGGAUGAGAACUCGUAAGGAACAAGUCAAAUACCUUCACAACAAGAUCUUUCCAACCAUCUUCAAGUUCAGUCACCAAUCCCAAUGACCCAUCAAGGACAUUAACUGUUGACAUACACCAAAUCUAACAACCUUCCUAAUGUAUUCACAGUGAAUACACUUGAGAUCUUCAGGCAUCUUUGUUUGUAACCAUGGUCCCCUAUUUUUGCAUAUUUUAUGAAGCAAAGUGCCUUUUUAAGCGUCAGAGUAAAAACAAUGUCAGAGGAUAAUUUUACCAGAAUAAGAUACACCAUGUCUGAAAUGUCAAAUCAGUCAGGAUGAGUUAUUUUUUCUUGAAAACGAAUCAAAUCCUAUUGAUUUUUAAUGACUAAAGAAGGGAAGACGUCACAGCAGAAAUGCUGCUUCAUCAGCUUUAGGUGUUACAUUUAUUUGACAUUUAGCCCGAUGACCUGAGAACAGUAUCGCUACUUUUUAGGCCAUAGUUGCACUCUUUGAUUCCAGGAACUUCAAAAGGAGUUUAGCAAUGUUUUCAACUGUGAUUUAUUUAUUUAUUGUUCAUGACCAUGAUAACUGUCUGUCAUUAUUUAUGAUUCAUUUAAGAAAUAAAGUACACCAUGCACAUAUUGAGUGCCACAGACUUCA